GGUUUUACGUUGUAUUUGUGCUGGAGACAGUUUGAUCUGGCAACCCUAGCCGAACGUUAUUUUCUCCUUAUCGCGAGAUUUGCUGCCAUCCCUUUACAGGUGCCGACCUGCAAUCCGAAACGUGCGUUUUUCGUUGACAGCGAGGCUAUUACGUCCAUUUUAUCUUAACUAGUAGAUGUUUUUAGUCAGUAAAUAACAACCGACAUGUGUCUCGGUUGGUUUUGUUUCCCCGUUGUCUCGUAUUUACGAAGUCAACCCAGUUGUUAGCUAAAACAAGCUAAUUGCGUCGUUGGGUCCUUGUUUACAUAUCGUCCUGCGAUAACGUGAAUGCGAGACCGGGAUUUUCUUGUUUCUGUUUACGUUUUUUAUAUAUAUAUAUAUAAACAUGAUUAAAUAAAACAUUCAGUCCAAUACUUAGUUUGUUAUUAACAACAAAUUGUGUCCUGGAAGUAGCUCCGGCAGCAUGUGUCGUUUUUUCGAAAGCCAUCAGCGGUGUGCCGUCGGUCAGCCUCGGGCAUUCAAACGAUUUUAAUUCGAAACAACAAAAAAAGGAGAAUGGAGUCUGUGAGGAGUGCUUUCCACGCUCAGCUGGCCACCGUCAUGGACUCCCUGCUUGCCGCCGCCGUGUGCGAGAUCGCCAAGAUCUUCGAGAGCAGCCUGUGCGAGCAGCAGGCGGAGCUGGCGCAGAGAGCCGAGGAGAUCUCCAUGCUCCGCUGCAGGCUGGACAAGGCGGAGAGGAGGCACAGAGCGAAGGCUGGAGGCGCCGAGGACGGCAAGUUGGCAUCAGGAGACAGAGAAGGCAGCCUGAAGCAGCACACCCCGACAGGACCAGUACUGACUGUGGGGAAGGAUCGGUCCCACUCAGAGCCAGAGGAAGUACUCUGCAUCCUGAAAGAAGAGGUCACAGGGCAGGAAGGAGCCUCCAUAAAACACGAGCGUGUUAGAUCGGGGUCUGUAACAAUCCAAGCAGCAGAUGAAAAUGUUUGCAUCUCCGACCCCGGCCGUUGCUCUCCCAAGCCCGACUCCAGCCUACUCCAGGCAGGAGAGUGGUUGCCUCGAGGUGGCGUUUCAGGUCCGGAGAACCUGCAGCCGGGUGGGACGGACUGCUCCGCCACAGCCAGCGGCAGCGUCGGCAACGAGCCGCCAAGCUUCCGCCGCGGCUUCGGAUCAGACGAAACCAGCAACGAAGGCGACGGCGCCUCGUUUGCUUUUCUGGACCCGGAGUCCGAGAGCCAGAACUCGGAAGAGGGUCCAGGAGAGAACGACGCCCGGGCGGAUUUUCCUCCGGCCGCCUCCGGUGAGGCAGAAUGGCGGACGAGAGAGGACAGAGGCGCAAGAGGCCACAUCGGUCACGCGCGGCGGCUCUCUAACUUCGCCCCCAGAGACCCUCUGCGGCCGCAGUCAAACUCCCAGCUGCUCGCCGCCCGACCCACGAACGCUCCCGGCCAUCCGGCAACUCCCAGCGGAGGCAGCGGACGGCCUUACUCCUGCCCGUACUGCGCAAAGUGUUUCACCUACCCUUCCCAUCAGCGCCGGCACCUUCUGCGGCACACCGGAGUCAGGCUGCAUCCCUGCAAGUUCUGCGACAAGAGGUUCCUCACGCCGUCGGAGCUGACCGUGCACACGCGCACGCACACGGGGGAGCGGCCCUUCGGCUGCGCCCAGUGCGGGAAACGCUUCGCCCGCAGCGGCAACCUGAGAGCCCACCAGCGGGACGUUCACAUGGGGAAGAGGCCCUUCGCUUGCGUGGAGUGUGGAAAGAGGUUCGCCCACCGGGGGAACCUGAGGGUGCACAAUUACCGAGUCCAUCAAGGGGAUCCGUACUACGCCGACGGCCAGCCGGACCCGGACAUAAACCAGAAUCUUAUCUAGAAACGGCCCGAGGGGGAAAAACUCUUCGACUUUUAAGUUAUCACACAGCACCUUUGUAGCAAUUUCAAACUAUUGAAGCUUUUUGGUCUUGUUUGUGCUUUGGAAUAUUUAUCCUUAAUUUUUUUGUCUAAUUUUGAGUCUGUCAACGAAUUUAGGUCAAAUAGUUUUGUUCUGUGUAAUGUGAAUGACUGGUCAUAGUAAUCUGUGAACAUAAUUAGCUGUUGAGGUAAAUAAAUAAAUAUUUUUUUUCUUUUUUUUUUCCUAGUAGGACAUGGCACCUUAACCUGACCCUAGCCAGAUGACUUUCGUUCCACUUAGCUUUACUCACAUCCAUCUGGGACCUCUCCCAUAGAGAGUGAUUUCUUCAACCAAUUUUAUUGUCCAG